AUGAGUGACAGUGAAAGUGAAACGAGUUGCACUCCACCAGAUAUAACAUCACCUGCAACAAGUGUCGCUGGUGACUUAUUGCCAAAAAACAAAAGGAAAAACUUUAAUCCACCACUCUUUUGCCGUUGUUGUUUUUGCCGCUACAUGGCCACAAUAACAUUGGUAAAUCCUGGAACGUGCCAAUGGAACUCAAAUGUUGUACCUCAGAUACAAUAUCAACAACCACCAAGGGCAUACUCGAGGCCAAUAAUGAGACCUUCAACCAUUCAAAAUAAUAGUGUCAUCCAAACAAUGAAUGUAUCGAGGACUCUGGAAAUAAGAAAAUCAAAUGAUAACGAUUUGGAACAGUCAGCUCCAUCAACUUCAGCAGUGAGAUCACCGCCUACUUCAAGUUCCUUAAUUUUGGAAAAGAAAAAGUUAGAACAGUCAGCUCCAUCAACUUCAGCAGUGAGAUCACCGCCUACUUCAAGUUCCUUAAUUUUGGAAAAGAAAAAGUUGGAACAGUCAGCUCCAUCAACUUCAGCAGUGAGAUCACCGCCUACUUCAAGUUCCUUAAUUUUGGAAAAGAAAAAGUUGGAACAGUCAGCUCCAUCAACUUCAGCAGUGAGAUCACCGCCUACUUCAAGUUCCUUAAUUUUGGAAAAGAAAAAGUUGGAACAGUCAGCUCCAUCAACUUCAGCAGUGAGAUCACCGCCUACUUCGAGUUCCUUAAUUUUGGAAAAGAAAAAGUUGGAACAGUCAGCUCCACCAACUUCAGCAGUGAGAUCACCGUCUUCUUUAAACUCCUCGUCUUCUUCAGGUUCCUCAUCGUCUUCUUCAAGUUCCUCGUCGUCUUCUUCAAGGUCCUCGUCUUCCUUAAGUUCUUCGACUUCAUUAUCGUCAACAAAUUUAGCGUCAAAUUCAACGCCAAAUCAGCCAACGAUGUCGAAAACAAAUUUAGCGUCAAAUUCAACGCCAAAUCAGCCAAUGAUGUCAUCAACAAAUUCAGCGUCAAAUUCAACGCCAAAUCAGCCAACGAUGUCAUCAACAAAUUCAGCGUCAAAUUCAACGCCAAAUCAGCCAAUGAUGUCAUCAACAAAUUCAGCGUCAAAUUCAACGCCAAAUCAGCCAACGAUGUCAUCAACAAAUUCAGCGUCAAAUUCAACGCCAAAUCAGCCAACGAUGUCAUCAACAAAUUCAGCGUCAAAUUCAACGCCAAAUCAGCCAACGAUGUCAUCAACAAAUUCAGCGUCAAAUUCAACGCCAAAUCAGCCAACGAUGUCAUCAACAAAUUCAGCGUCAAAUUCAACGCCAAAUCAGCCAACGAUGUCAUCAACAAAUUCAGCGUCAAAUUCAACGCCAAAUCAGCCAACGAUGUCAUCAACAAAUUCAGCGACAAAUUCAACGCCAAAUCAGCCAACGAUGUCAUCAACAAAUUCAGCGACAAAUUCAACGCCAAAUAAGUCGACUUCAAGACAUACGACUUCGAGAACAAUUUUGAUUGAAGACGAGUAUUUGUGUAAAAAAAAAUUAACUCGUCCAAAAAAAGUUGCCACUGGUAAGAGACGAAAUCCAAGUCAUGAAAAAGAAGUACCAAAGAAAAAAAAGAAAUAA